CUUAACAAAUUCCUUAAACCCCAACUACAACAAAAUCAACCCUCAAGAACGAACAAUCACUUGUCGCAAAAGCACUUCCCACUACAAGUCAAUCCACUCCUCCUAAAUCUUUAAUACGUCGUCCUCGUGGUCCAUGGUGAAGCAGACGAUCGGGAAGCCCUCCGAGCGAAACGACAUAAAGUACAAGGGCGUCCGCAAGCGCAAGUGGGGCAAAUGGGUGUCGGAAAUCCGCCUCCCCAACAGCCGGGAGAGAAUCUGGUUGGGAUCCUACGACGCGCCCGAAAAGGCGGCGCGUGCCUUCGACGCGGCCCUCUUCUGCUUGCGCGGUCGCACCGCCAAGUUUAAUUUCCCCGACAGCCCGCCUGAGAUUUCGGGGGGAAGGUCCCUGAGCCCGGCCGAGAUCCAGACCGAGGCGGCAAGGUUCGCGAAUUCGGAGCUUCCGAGGAGCCACCAGUCGAUGUCGGAGUUGCAGGCGGAGUCCGCGUCUCCGUCGGUGUCGGAGGGGAGUGGGACCGUCUUCGUGGACAGCGAAUUCCUAGUGACUCCAAACGAUUCGUUUUCGGACCCUUUUAGCACAUUCGGGUCGGGUAAUUACGCUACGGAGUACGGGUUGUUUCCGGGUUUUGAUGAAAUGAACUAUCAAUUUUUCAGUCCAGCUGAGGCGGUGCCAACGCCGGACGUUGAUUACUACGCGGAAGAGAACCUGGACAGUCAGUUUUUCAGUCCGGCAGAGCAGUCUUUCCUCUGGAAUUUCUAGAGACGUACAGAGUGCAAAUUACCGUUAUUUUUUUUCUUUAAGGGCAACAAAUUAAAGUCAAUUAAAAAAGAAACGAUCCAAUUUUUUCAACGGGUCGGAGCCCCGGACAGUUUUUGUUUCUGGAGGUUUAUUAAAAACCCGGAUUAUGGAUGAACCAAUUUUUGUGCGGCCAUCCCCUUGAUUGAAUUCAUUCUUCAUGUUAUAAGGGCAAAGAAAUUUCCCAUAAAUGGUAUAGAUUUUUGUGACUA